AUGUAUGAUCAAUUCUACAGUUAUUUAACUGAAUAUGAUCUCAUCGAUACAAGACAAUCAGGUUUUCGUUCACUCCAUUCAACGUUGACCGCACUACUUGAUAUGUCAAACCAGUGGUGUUUCAACAUUGAUAGGGGAAUGGUUAAUGGUGUCAUAUUCUUAGAUUUAAAAAAAGCAUUUGAUACCAUUGACCAUGAAAUUUUAUUGAUGAAAUUAGCAUGCUAUGGUGUCGAUGAUCAAAGUUUAUUGUGGUUUAGAUCAUAUUUGAAUGAUAGGCAACAGGUCUGCCAUGUAAAUGGAGUCUAUUCUAACAAGGACUUCAUCAAAUGUGGAGUACCACAGGGCUCCAUUCUUGGUCCAGUCUUAUUCUUGUUAUAUAUAAAUGAUUUACCGAAAUGCCUGGACCAUAGUAUUGCCAGACUAUUUGCCGACGACACAAAUAUGACCUUUACAGGUUGUAACAUUAAAUCAAUUCAAGAGCAAAGGACAAGUGAUCUAAACAACAUAUUUCAAUGGCUUUGUUCUAAUAAAUUGACGCUAAACGUCCUAAAAACAGAUUUUAUGCUAAUUGGUUCACGGCAAAAAUUAUCGGCGCUUGACGAUUCAAUAGUAUUAUCGGCUGAUAAUGUGACAUUAAGUAAAGUUAGAUCUGUAAAGUGUUUAGGUGUCGAUAUUGACGAGAACUUAACAUGGGAAAUACACAUCCAGAGCAUCCGUUUAAAGGUAUCCCGUAAUAUUGCAGCCCUCCGUAAAGUGAAGAAACUCUUUAGUCGGAAAAAUCUUGUGUCUCUGUAUAGAGCAUUAAUUGA